AUGCGUCGCUCUGAACCCUGUACACCACGACCAACGUCUAGAAAAAUCCUUACCAACAAACGAUUGGACACAUUGGAGGACGAACUUGGUUUUCUUCAUGACGAAUGGACCACCAUUUGUGUUAUCUUUGAUUCGAUUUACCAUGCUUAUCUGGAUCAGAUGGCACUUGCAAGGAUGCAGGGACCAAAUCAACAAAUGCUCAAAGACUACGAUGACUUGUUUACAAAAGUCUACCAAUUGGAACGCAAGGUCAAAUCGCUUGAAGAACAAUUUGAAUCAGCUCAAAAGAUUUACGAUCGACAGCGGAGCAACAAACGACAAAGGCUCUGCUGA